AUUUCAUCGUGACCUUGCUCAGAUUUAUUACUGAGCAUCAGCAAAAGAAUCUAUCACAUUCCUAUAUCACAUUCCUUUAGUAGAGGACCUGUUGGAGUGCGUUCAGAGGAGAACUGUGCAGAUGUUCAGAGGGCAGGAGCACCUCUGCUAUGGAGACAGGCUGAGAGAGCAGGAGCUGUUCAGCCUGGAGAAGAGAAGGCUCCAGGGAGACCUUGGAGCACCUUCCACUACCUAAAGGGUCUCCAAGAAGGCUGGAAAGGGACUUUUGACAAGGCCAUGGCAUGACGGGACAAGGGGGAAUGGCUUUAAACUGGAAGGGACUAGGUUCAGAUUAGAUACAGGGGAAGAAAUUCUUUACUGUGAGGGUGGUGAGGCACUGGUAGAGGUGACCAGAGAAGCUGUGGAUGCCCCAUCCGUGGCAGGGGUCCUGUUCUUGGCCAGGCUGGAUGGGGCUCUGAGCAUCCUGCUCUAGGGGAAGGUGUCCCUGCCUACAGCAGGGGAGUUGAAGGUAGAUCGUCUUCUAUGUCCCUUCCAACCCAAACCAUUCUGUGAUUCUGUGAAACUAGCUAGCCUGCAGCUAAGUACCAAUUCAGUCAGGAUAACCUCAGUAGGACUAAAGUUCAGAGUGCCUUUCUUAAUAAAUGUUUGUUGACUUUGAGCUAUUUAAGGAAUUGAGAUAUAAAUAUUCAAGUAAGUUAUCUUUAAGGUCCUUUCCAAGCCAAACUGUUCUCUGAUUCCAUUAAUGGUAUGAAAUGUGGGACAUUGUGGUGUGUACAUUGUGGUGGCCACCAAACCCUCACGACGUCUAGGAGAAAAAUGACUUGUCCCAAAACGAACCCUUGGCUAUUGCGUGAGGUAACGCCGUGAUGUGGGACCUGGAUUUUCCCUGCAUUUGCGAGCGGCGUGGGCCGGGGAUGCAGCCGGAAAGAGAGGGUGUGGGAGCAAUGGUGCUCUCUAUGUGAGGGAAGCUCCGCCCGGGCUCUCACAGGGGCCGGGACGCUUUUCUCUCCUCCCAUCAGACCGAGCAGCGCUCCCUCAGCACCGUCGCCGUCCCGGGCUCUCCCGGCCGCGCCUGCGCUCCCCGCGGGAGGACGGGCCGCGCCUGCGCUGCCGCCGCAGCCGGGGGCCGGGGCCGGGCCGGGGCCGUGUUGGGCCGGGCCGGGCCCGCCUCAGCCAUGUCCGGCGGGCCGCGCCGCCCGGGUGCCGCGGAGGCGGGCGGGCUGCGCAGUUCUGUGCAACAUCCACACUGCUGGCAACAAGAGCAGGAACGUAGAAGCUGCAGCGAUUCCGAUUCUCUGGCGCUUGAGGAAUAUCAAUGUGGCCAUUCAGACCACUGGCUGGAGAGCUCUACAACAUCAGAACAUUCUAGGCUGCUUUCCAGUUGCCCCAGCUGGGAAGGUAGAACUGAAGAAGGCAAAACAAUGAGGACAUCAAGUACAAAAAUGACCAAUUCUGUUUCAAGCAACUCUGCCAAUCCAGCAGAAAGGGAAACUGAUGAGGUGGUCCUGAGGAGAAGACAAAAACAGAUCAAUUUUGGCAAGAAUACCCUGGCAUAUGACAGAUACAUUAAAGAAGUUCCAAAGAACCAGCGACUUCCAGGAGUUCACCCUACAACUCCCAACAAGUUCAGGAAGUACAGCCGUAGGUCCUGGGACCGGCAGAUCAAGCUGUGGAAGAUAGCACUGCAUGCCUGGGAUCCUCCUGCUGAGGAAACCUGGGAUCUGCAGCCCGUUACCGAACCUUCAGGUAGUUCCCAGGAAUGGUUCUGCAAAGAUGAGGAUGUUCCUGGCUCCUUUGUCUUUGAGGAAGAGCAGAAGAGAAAUGAGUGUGAAGAUGAAUGCAGACAGAGUGCCCACACACCUGAGAGUUCCUGUUCUCCCAAUUCUUCUCCAGUAUGGAAGCGCAGAAGAAGAAACAAUUCUGACUCCUCUGUGGUUUCAAAGAGCAAAAGCCAUUACCUGCAGAUGUACCACACUCUGGAAAGCCUUACUGACUCCGGACAUCAGGAUGCUUUUUCAAAGUGCUCAGAGUGGGAAGCCUUUGGUGAAAAAGAUGAAGUAAUGACAGUGCAACCAAGUAUAGAAAUAGCAAGUUCUGUGCAACAUCCACACUGCUGGCAACAAGAGCAGGAAUGUAGAAGCUGCAGCGAUUCCGAUUCUCUGGCGCUUGAGGAAUAUCAAUGUGGCCAUUCAGACCACUGGCUGGAGAGCUCUGCAACAUCAGGACAUUCUAAGCUGCUUUCCAGUUGCCCCAGCUGGGAAGGUAGAACUGAAGAAGGCAAAACAAUGAGGACAUCAAGUACAAAAAUGACCAAUUCUGUUUCAAGCAACUCUGCCAAUCCAGCAGAAAGGGAAACUGAUGAGGUGGUCCUGAGGAGAAGACAAAAACAGAUCAAUUUUGGCAAGAAUACCCUGGCAUAUGACAGAUACAUUAAAGAAGUUCCAAAGAACCAGCGACUUCCAGGAGUUCACCCUACAACUCCCAACAAGUUCAGGAAGUACAGCCGUAGGUCCUGGGACCGGCAGAUCAAGCUGUGGAAGAUAGAACUGCAUGCCUGGGAUCCUCCUGCUGAGGAAACCUGGGAUCUGCAGCCCGUGUAUGUCCUAUGGGGGAAUCAAGUCAGGGCUUAAGGAAUUCAAGCAGUACCGAACCUUCAGGUAGUUCCCAGGAAUGGUUCUGCAAAGAUGAGGAUGUUCCUGGCUCCUUUGUCUUUGAGGAAGAGCAGAAGAGAAAUGAGUGUGAAGAUGAAUGCAGACAGAGUGCCCACACACCUGAGAGUUCCUGUUCUCCCAAUUCUUCUCCAGUAUGGAAGCGCAGAAGAAGAAACAAUUCUGACUCCUCUGUGGUUUCAAAGAGCAAAAGCCAUUACCUGCAGAUGUACCACACUCUGGAAAGCCUUACUGACUCCGGACAUCAGGAUGCUUUUUCAAAGUGCUCAGAGUGGGAAGCCUUUGGUGAAAAAGAUGAAGUAAUGACAGUGCAACCAAGUAUAGAAAUAGCAAGUGACUCAAUUCCAGCCAGUUGUUCUUCCGUAUGGAACAAUCCAAAACAGCAGAAAUCCAGCUUCUUUCUUCCUGACAGCAAGACUUGCAGAGGUGCAGACUUCAGGCUGGAGAGGCUUAAACUUUGUAGCAGUUUAUUGGAUGGCCAUCAGUCAGAAUACCCUGACAGAGGAUGGGAAAGUGCAAAUGCUGAAGAUACAAUACUGAGGAAAAAAAUCUAAAUACCAAGUCUCUCUUUGUAUAUAGAAGUAUUGAAGAAGGAAUUUCUCCUGUGGCAGAAAAAGACUUGAAGAAUAGGGAUGUAGUCUGAGAUCAGCAGAUUGAGUCUUGGAAAACUGGUGCUGUCAUGUAGGAUCUGCACAGAAAGAGGAGGAGAUUUGCAGUCAGCAUACAUGCAAUCAACAUAAGGUGAAAUUAUUCAGGUUUCUCCAGAUCUUUAUAAGGAUAGAUUGUUUUCUACAAGCUGUGCCUCAAGUGUAAAACUCCAGAUUUUGUGACGCCUGUGCUGCAAUGACAAUGGAUGUUCCUUAAAGCUUUUGUGAGGACAUUCCUGCUGUGCCUGCGUUGGCAGGUGACGUGUGCAUUAUAUUCCAAAGGCUGCUUCAGGUGAUGGAUCCUGCCAUUCCCUCUGGAGGUCUUGUUCCUCAGGGUGUGCUGAUGCUUCACCAGUGAACUGGUCCAGUGUCAAGUCAGACUGAAAUCCAGCCCCUCCAACCAAGGAACCUCCUCUGCUCCACUGGACCAGAACUGGACAUCCAGCCUGAAGAACUGCUUCAAAAGAAUGUAGAUAAUUUCAGCCUUCCUCCAGUCAGUAAAGACAAGCUGCUCAUAACUUUUGGAUGGGGUGAUCACCCAUUUGGCCUAUUUAUUAUUCCCUGAGAUGUAUUAAAGUGGCAUUUUCCAAAGCCAGGUGAGAGAAGAGAAAGGAAA